CGCCCGCCCGGCCCGCCAUGGCCGCGCGCCCCGGGCCGCUGUGGCUCGUGGGUCUGGCGCUGUGCGCGCUGAGCGGUGGUGGUCCCGGCCCGCGCCCCCCGGCUGGCUGCCCGGUCCGCCGCCUGGGCCCGCGCGAGCGCCGCGACAUGCAGCGCGAGAUCCUGGCGGUGCUGGGGCUGCCCGGGCGGCCCCGGCCCCGCGCGCCGCCCGCCGCCGCCCGGCUGCCCGCUUCGGCGCCGCUCUUCAUGCUGGACCUGUACCACGCCAUGGCCGACGACGACGACGAGGACGGCGGCCCCCCGGAGUGGCCCCCGGGCCGCGCCGACCUGGUCAUGAGCUUCGUCAACAUGGUGGAGCGUGACCGCACCCUGGGCUACCAGGAGCCCCACUGGAAGGAGUUCCGCUUCGACCUGACCCAGAUCCCAGAGGGCGAGGCAGUCACAGCCGCCGAGUUCCGGAUUUACAAGCUGGCCAGCGCCCACCUGCUCAACAGGACCCUGCACGUCAGCAUGUUCCAGGUGGUCAGGGAGCAGUCCAACAGGGAGUCUGACUUGUUGUUUUUGGAUCUUCAGACGCUCCGAGCUGGGAUCGAAGGCUGGCUGGUGCUGGAUGUGACAGCAGCCAGUGACCGCUGGUUGUUGAGCCGGAACAAGGACCUGGCGCUCCGCCUCUAUGUGGAAAUGGAUGAUGGGCACAGCGUGGAUCCUGGCCUGGCCGGUCUGCUGGGGCGACAGGCGCCACGCUCCAAGCAGCCUUUCCUGGUCACCUUUUUCAGGGCAAACCCCAGUCCCAUCCGAGCCCCUCGGGCAGCCAGGCCCCUGAAGAGGAGGCUGCCGAAGAAAACCAACGAGCUGCCACAUGCAAACAGACUUCCAGGGAUUUUUGAUGAUGUUCACGGCGCCCACGGCCGGCAGGUUUGCCGGCGGCAUGAGCUCUAUGUCAGCUUCCAGGACCUCGGCUGGCUGGACUGGGUCAUUGCUCCCCAAGGCUACUCGGCCUAUUACUGUGAGGGGGAGUGCUCGUUCCCACUGGAUUCGUGCAUGAACGCCACCAACCACGCCAUCCUGCAGUCCCUGGUGCACCUGAUGAAGCCAGAUGCAGUCCCCAAGGCGUGCUGCGCCCCCACCAAGCUGAGUGCCACCUCCGUGCUCUACUAUGACAGCAGCAACAAUGUCAUCCUGCGCAAGCACCGCAACAUGGUGGUCCGGGCCUGCGGCUGCCAUUGAGGCCAGUGCCCGCCGUGGGGGGACCCCCUUCCGCCCAGGACAGGCCCCUCUCCAGAGCCAGGAAACCCUCAAACCUCGCCAGACUUCCGGUGGGUUGGCCCUCACAGAUCAAUGUAUCUGUGUUCCUCUCUCCUUCCUGCCAGGGCUGGAUCUUCUCCAGGCCCCGCUGCCCCCUUCCCUGCCUGAGGUUUGUGACAGUCUCUUGGCCUCCAGGCCUGGUGGUCUGAGUCAUCAAGCAGGUUCUCUCCCAGCUGUCUCCUCGAAAAGCAGGUGCUGCCCAACAUUUUGCAUUUGGAACAAAAGUCUGAGGACCUAUUCUUGUCCAUUGCUGGCCCGGGCUUCGGGUAAUAUGGGGUGAACUGAGAAGCACCUGGGGCCCCAAAUGGCUACCUCGGGCUCUUCACGGUUCAUUUCAGGGCAUGGAUAUGUGUAGACAUGGUCUAGUCCACCUCCGGUUGCCUGCCCCUCCCAGGCAUUUUCUGGGCACUUUUGUUAGAAUGUGGACUUGCCCUCAUUGUUGUGUCGUUGUGGAUCUGAAUAUCAGCCUGCUGAGAGGCAUGUGGGUCAACUCAAGAAAGAGCUGAUGAACAUGAUGUAAGGCAAAGGCCAAUGGCAUCUGUCUCCCCCCAUCCCCUGCCUUGAUCUGCCUCUGCUGUCUGGGGAAGAAGUGCCAGGCAUGGACAUUUGACCUUUGUAGAAACAAAAAAUUUGGAGGGCCUCAUUCGCCUGUCAUCACAUUGAAUCAUGAGGAGCUCAGCUCCCUGGAAAAGUUACCUUUUUAUUGAACCUAGCAGGUAGAUACAUUGGGUGGUCCAGGAGGACAACGCUCAGCACAGAUGACAUCAUUUCGCUUUCCCUUUGGCAUGGCAAACAUCAGUCACCAAACUUGGUAUUUUUUCUUUCCAAACCUGUAUAGAAUUUCAAAAUGAUCCAUAUUAAAACUCCACACAGCCACUGCCAAGAGAUCAGAGUUGACACGUGAAGUGAAAACUGUUUGCCAUCUUCUGGUGUGCUAAGGAGCGAUCCCCUUCAUCCACAGCCAUACCUCCGUGACCCUGGACAGCCUGUGGCUGGGGCUAGGGCCUCCCAGCACCUGCUUAUGUCCAGAAGUUGUCAGAAACAGGCUGUCAUAAUCUGCACCACCCUGUACGCCCUGGAGCGCUGUCCUGUUUCUCAAGACCUGUGAGCCAAAGAAAAGGCCCCCGUCCCAGGGGAGUGACAGCCAGUAACAAGGCUGGCCCCGGGUGGGGAGGUUCCCGGAAACCGCUGUUCUCCUUGGAGCAGCCACCACAGGCAGCUGGGCUGUUUAUUUGAUUUCUGACUUGCUAAGCCUGUAAUUUACCUGCUGGCACAGAGUCCAGCUGCCCGAACCCUAAAAUACUGUCAUUAAAAGCAGUUCGUGGGGCCGCCCCACCCUACAGGCAUAGCCCAGCCAAGGUGGAGCCCCCCCAUGUGCCCAAGAAUGAGUCCUUCAGCAGUCAUUCCGCACCCCAAGGAGGGACCCGGGACAGCAAAUGUGGACGCUGGGGCCCUGCUGCAGGACAGCGGCCCCUCCACAGGGACCGGGAGGUGAGUCUGGAGUGAGCACAGAGGGAGACCCUCCCUGUACACAGAGGAUGGGCCCAGACUCUUGACAAAGUGGUGAGUUCUCCAUCGGUGCAGGUAUCUAAACUCUGGCUUAGAGGUUAGGAGACCAGACUCAUAGGUGGCUUCUCCCUCUGGGCCUCAUUUUCCAUCUAUACCUGAAGGCAGGGCGCUUUUUGGGUCUCCAAAGGGCCUCCUGCCAGGAAUCUGUCUGCCAGCCCUUUCUCACACUGUACCCAGAAACAGCCUCAUGAUCCUGAACUUGGGGGUCCGGUGGCAGUCAGAUCAGAGUUGGUAUAUAAUAGGGAACCUGUUUGCCAUUCUAGUCCUUUGACACUUCUGUCUUUCUAACAUCAAGGACUGUCCUUUAGGCAAAUAUAAAUUUAAUAUUAGCCAAUUAUUUUAGCUAUUUUUUACUUCACCUGGUAUGUUUUGUGCCCAGCCAACAGCCCAGCACAAUUCGGGGUGCACCAGGAAUGUCUGUCAGACAUUAUAAACAAAGGUUUAUAGACUAGGAGUGCACCUCACCUGUCAGGGUGAGCAUGGCACGAAUGCCUGGAGGUUGUCCCCCUCCGUUUGCAUGCCCAACACCUGAAGAGUAAGCCUUUGCCUGCUGACCUGGGUCAGACUUACAGCAACUGUCACCAUCCCCGCCGUCACUGAAUGAGAUCGCGCAGAAAAAGCCCUGAGCAGAGAAACAAUUGUGAAUGGAUAUAAGGCCCACGCAUUUUAUCCCGUUUAUUGCAGGAUACUGCAUGCACUCACUGCAUGCUAUGUAUUCCCAGUUACCUGUUUGCUGAGCCACGCAUGGCAGCGGCAGGGAGCGGCCCACACGCCACCGUUUCCCUCUCUCUUGCUCAAGGCAUGGCUUAUCUGGGUGCACGGGACCAGGAUAAAUACGGGCGGUUGGUUAGACGCACCGAUAGCUCUGAGUCAGCGACUGCUGCCAGGAAGGGGGGACUGUGGGCUGUGGGAAAAGGCUGAGAAGAAACGCAGCGGUCAGUCUUAGUUUGGGCAGUGCGAGGCUAGCCUCAAGGCCAAGUCAACACGUCAGUGUUCACAGUUUUCUAAGGUGGGGAAGUGACCCAUUAUGGAAAAAUCCCUAAGAAAUAGAAAAAGAGGCAGCAUAGCAAGAGGACAGAAUUUUGAAGUCAAAUGGGUUUGAAUCCGUUUUUCUUUUGUGGAGCAAGGUAUUGGUUCUUUCCUUCUAGGCUAUUACAAACAUACGGACAUUCACAUUUAGGACAAUGUCUGCCAUCUGAACGCUUAGCAACAGGCGCCUGUUGGCAUCAUUACAAAAGGAUUUACUGAUUUGCUUAGCCCUUUCCAUGUUUGUCCACUAAAUCUCCUCCCAGAAAGUGUGGAGUAUUUCAGAGUUGUGCUUUUUCCUGGAAAAUCUAGACCCUGCAAUCUGUGGAGGGAAGACCUUGUGUGCCCACUUGCUUUCCAGGCCUAAGGAAAACGCCUGGUUAUGGCCAAGGCAGUGAAUAUUUCCCUGUGUUCCCAGAGGCAAGGGGAUCCCACCAGCCUGCUGAAGGUACAAAGCUUGACCCACCUCUUAAAAAAAAUGGGUUUUUCAUUUAUUACAAAAAUAAUGCAGUUUUGGAGGAAAAAUUGGAAAAAAAUGCAACUGAAAUCACAGUUGUAUGACUCAGAUAAACACACUUAAUAUUUUGGUGAAUUUAUUUCUAGGCUUUUUUCUUAGCAUAUACACAUACAGAUGUUUAUAUAUUAUAGACAGAUAUGUUUACAAAAUUGGGAUCAUACCCUCUUCUAUAAAUUGUUUUGAAAUAUGCUUUUCCCACUUUAUUAUGCAGUAAAAAAAUUUUCCUGUUAAUAAAUGUUUUUUGAAAACAUGGCUUUUUAGAUUUUUAACCCCCGAAGCCUACGAGACUCAGUGUUCACAACUAAAAAGUAGGUCCUUAGCCUUCCUGGGAGGGUUGCUGCAGGUUGUCAUGACUGGCACCUAGAGCCCACCGUGCCUGAAAGCAGACCUGCUGUCUAAGAGGGAGCUCCAGCAGCCGCAGCAGGCCUGAUCUCAGGGCCACAGCCCAAAGCAGUCUGUGCACUGGCAAAACCCAGCCCUGUUUGCCACAAUGGAGCAAUGUAUACACCAACCAGGUCACCCUGGAUGGGAGCCAGGCGGACCAAGGAAGGCACUCUGCCCUUUGGGCCAUAGCAGAUGCUGCACGGCACCUUCAGGUCCACUUCUGUCAGUGCACAGACUUCCCACGGAACAGGCUGGUGCUGGGCUGUGACAGCGGAACCAGGCCAUGGGGCCACUCUUCCCUGGGCCCCAGGCCCCUCCUGCCUGGCAGAGAAGAGCAUGGCUUCCUUGAGUCUCCCCAGAGGGUCCAGACUAAUUAUAAGGACCAUGACUAUGUCUUCCCCCAGGGCCUUGGGCCCCUGCCAUAGCCUGAGGCUAGAGCCCAGUAAACCUCCCAGGACCACAUUAAAGUAUGGGGAAGCAGGCCAAGUUUCCUAUCCCAGUUCUGCCAUAUUCUGGGUGCAUGUCACCCGAGCCUUGGUUUCCCUCUGUAUAGAGUUCCACUGUGGAUACGAUGAUAAUACCCGUGGAUACUCCGGAGUGCACUGGGAUGGGCAGUGGUGCCCAGUGGGUGCUAACAGAGAAGAAGAGAAAGCAACAAGGUCAUUGUCACAGAAGUUAGUUCCCUCUUGGGAGGUGGCCAUGCGCCAUGCUAUGCCCUUUAAACAAAACUUUCCUAGUGACUGACCUGUGAUGGCCAGCGUUUGCCCUCACAGUGGAAGCCUGUGCUUUGGGGGAAGGUCUCCUUUGGAAGCCCCACAGGGCCAAGGGUAACCAUGUGGUACAUCCUGGCCACAGGGAGACAGAAACCCCAAGCAGGAGCUCAGCAAAGGGCUGGGAGUCUGUUGGGCCCAGAGUAGCCAGAGGCAGGGUGAGAAUGCCAUCAUCCCUCACAGGAGCGCUCCUGGGGCCACCAGGGCCAGGAGGCAUUAGGCCUCUCCUGCACCUGGCUUGUCCAGAUCUCAAGAUGAAAAAGCCCAGCCCAGUGGAUUCUGAAUGGUCUUAGUAACCCAAUCAGAGAGAGGUGUCUAGUGGCCACAGGGCUCAGUCCCUGCUUGGGGCCUUCAGCAGGUGAGGGAUUCUCAAAAACCACCUGACUGAGCAGUAUGUGGGGAGGGAAGUAUGUGGAGAGGGAAGGGAGAGAGAAGCCAGCCUGAUGUGAGCAGUGGCU